GACUGGAAGCGGAAGUGGCUCUCGGAGGCGUUUUUGCUGCUUGUGUCAGGAGCAUCCUCACACUUUAAUUCCGAGAGGUCUCUGAGGGAGGUGUUGAGUACUUUGUAAGCAUCAUCUCAUUUCAUUUUCGUAACUCUAUGAGGGAGCCCCUGGGUCAGAUCUUCCUCCAGACUCCACCUCACCUCUCCUUAGCAGCUCUGCUUGAGUUUACAGAUGUCCGCCAAACUUUAGGCUCCUGAGAGAAUAAAAGUUGAGACCCAGCAUGACCAUGCCAGCUAAUUGGACCUCUCACCAGAAAUCCCUGGGCCUGGCUCCAGAGGAACAUGGCAGCUCAUGUGAGGGAUCAGUGUCCUUCAGGGAUGUGGCUGUAGAUUUCAGCAGAGAGGAGUGGCAGCAGCUAGACCUUGAUCAGAAAAACCUGUACCGGGAUGUGAUGCUGGAGACCUAUAGCCACCUGCUCUCAGUAGGGCAUCAAGUUCCUGAAACAGAGGUUUUCAUGUUGGAGCAAGGAAAGGAGCCAUGGGCAUUGCAGGCUGAGAGCCCACAUCAGAGCUGUCCAGAAGAAUUGUGGCAGAUUGAUGACCAGAUAGAGAGCUAUCAACAAAGAGAAAACAAAUCUUUAAGAGAGGUUGCUUUCAUCAAGAAAAUAUUGACUAUAAAGAGGGAUUAUGAAUAUAAGGACAGAAAAAUAAUUCAUGUGAGCCAAAACAUUCCUUCCCCAGAGAGACCUCAUCAAUGUGACUUAUAUGGAAGUGCUUUAAGCCAUAAUUUAGAUUUACACGGUCAUAAUAGAAACAGUGGAUCAAAGAACAUUAAUAAGAUUACUGAAUAUGGUAAAAUUUCUUCCUGUACUAAACAUGAGUGUACUCCAACAGGAGAGAAAUUAUGGGACCAUAAUCAAUGUGGAAAAAUCCUCAGCUUUAAACAAGUACCCUGUCAACAUCAGAAAAGUCAUACUGGGGCAAAAUCUUAUAAAUGUGCUGAAUUUGGAAAUAUCUUCACCCAGAAGUCACAACUCAAGGUACAUCUGAAAGUGCAUACAGGAGAAAAACUGUAUGUAUGUAUUGACUGUGGGAAGGCUUUUGUACAGAAGCCAGAAUUCAUUACACAUCAGAGGACUCAUACUAGAGAGAAGCCCUAUAAGUGCAGUGAAUGUGGGAAAGCCUUUUUCCAAGUAUCUUCUCUUUUCAGGCAUCAGAGAAUUCAUACUGGAGAAAAACUCUAUGAAUGCAGUGAAUGUGGGAAAGGCUUCUCUUAUAACUCAGAUCUUAGUAUACAUCAGAAAAUUCAUACUGGAGAGAGACACCAUGAGUGCAGUGAUUGUGGCAAAGCAUUCACGCAGAAGUCCACACUCAAGAUGCAUCAGAAAAUUCAUACAGGCGAGAGAUCCUAUAUAUGUAUUGAAUGUGGACAGGCCUUCAUCCAGAAGACACACUUGAUUGCACACCGAAGAAUUCAUACUGGAGAAAAACCAUAUGAAUGCAGUAACUGUGGGAAGUCCUUCAUUUCUAAGUCACAACUGCAGGUACAUCAACGAACUCACACAAGAAUGAAACCAUCUAUAUGCAACGAAUAUGGGAAGGUUUUCAACAGUAGGUCCAACCUCAAUACACAUAAGAAAGUACAAACGAGAGAGAAAUCUUCCAUAUGUACUGAGUGUGGUAAGGCCUUUACGUACAGGUCAGAGUUGAUUAUACAUCAGAGAAUUCACACUGGAGAGAAACCUUAUGAAUGCAGUGAUUGUGGAAAAGCCUUCACUCAGAAGUCAGCACUCACAGUGCAUCAGAGAAUUCAUACAGGAGAAAAAUCAUAUAUAUGCAUGAAAUGUGGGCUAGCCUUCAUCCAGAAGGCACACUUGAUUGCCCAUCAAAUAAUUCAUACAGGAGAGAAACCUUAUAAAUGUGGUCAUUGUGGGAAAUCCUUUACUUCCAAGUCACAACUCCAUGUGCAUAAACGAAUUCACACAGGAGAGAAACCCUAUAUGUGCACUAAAUGUGGGAAGGCAUUUACCAACAGGUCAAAUCUCAUUACCCAUCAGAAAACUCAUACGGGAGAGAAAUCCUAUAUAUGUCCUAAAUGUGGCAAGGCCUUCACACAAAGGUCAGACUUGAUUACACAUCAGAGAAUUCAUACUGGGGAGAAACCUUAUGAAUGCAGUACCUGUGGAAAAGCCUUCACCCAGAAGUCACACCUCAAUAUACAUCAGAAAAUUCACACUGGAGAGAGACAGUAUGAAUGCCAUGAAUGUGGGAAAGCCUUCAACCAGAAAUCAAUACUCAUUGUGCAUCAGAAAAUUCAUACAGGAGAGAAACCCUAUGUGUGCACUGAGUGUGGAAGAGCCUUCAUCCGGAAGUCAAACUUUAUUACUCAUCAGAGAAUUCAUACUGGGGAGAAACCUUAUGAAUGCAAUGAUUGUGGGAAAUCCUUCACCUCCAAAUCUCAGCUCCUGGUGCAUCAACCAAUUCACACAGGAGAAAAACCAUAUGUGUGUGCUGUAUGUGGGAAAGCCUUUAGUGGCAGGUCAAAUCUCAGUAAACAUCAGAAAACUCAUACUGGAGAAAAGCCCUACAUCUGUUCUGAAUGUGGGAAGACCUUCAGACAAAAGUCAGAACUGAUUAUACAUCAUAGGAUUCAUACCGGAGAGAAACCUUAUGAAUGCAGUGACUGUGGUAAAUCGUUCACUAAGAAAUCACAGCUCCAAGUGCAUCAACGAAUUCACACAGGAGAGAAGCCUUAUGUGUGUGCUGAGUGUGGGAAGGCCUUCACUGACAGAUCAAAUCUGAACAAACACCAGACAACGCACACUGGAGACAAACCCUAUAAGUGUGUAGUCUGUGGGAAAGGCUUCGUUCAGAAAUCAGUUCUCAGCGUGCAUCAGAGUAUUCACACUUGAGAGAAACAUUCUGAGAAAACCUCAGUGAGAUCAGAUUUUAUUUUACAUUAUGGAAUUCGUGCAACAGAAAAAUAUGCAUAUUAUCGUAACUAGAAAUGCUCCAUCAGAAUGUCACACAUUAGUAUACAGAAGAGGACCUCUGAAAGGACCCUGAAUGGGAGGACCCCCUCCCAUAUUGUCACCAGCCUCAGUAAACCUUGGGACAUUCAUACUGAGAAGGAACUUUGUCAAUUCGGUACAUUAGAAGAAGCCUUCUCAUGAAAACUGUAACGGAACACUGUUACCAGAUUCUGCACUGGAAACAUUAUGUGAAGUCAUGUUAAUGAUAAUCCUGUUUACCGUGGAAUAGGUAACAUGCCAACAAGUUGAAUGGUAGAACAGCAUAAUAUACACGAUAACGAUAAACCCUAAGUUCUGUGAGAUGUUUGUUGCAGAACACAUUGCCUAACAGAAUUUUGUGUCAUUCUUCUGUUGAAUCAAGCAUGGUCUGCGUAUCUAAUCCCCCAUUGCAUAUUUUUAUCAAGAAA